AUGUACCGAAUGAUUACCGAGCAGCGAAACACGAUUGGCGAACUACGCGAGGUGAUUUGCAAGCAGCACGACGCGAUUCAAGAACUACAUCGCCAACUUGCAGACACCAGGACCCAGCUGUCUGAAGAACUGAGACAAGCGCGGGAUCAGAUUGAUACCCUUCAACGCCACCCGGUAGCCAUGGCUUCGUCCCAACCAAGCGCAAGAGGGUCAUACGCCGAAGUCGCUCGCACCCCACCAUCAAGCCAGCCAAGCGGUGUGCGCACCCUCUCCUCGCGAAACACGACGCCUUCAUCCUUUACCGACACGUUGUUCUGUACGAUCGAUACAUCUAGAGUGGAGGAGAAAGAGAAGGGAAACGUCCAGGUGGCGGACAUUAGAAAGGCAAUCGAGACAGAGGCCAGGGCACAGGAAAGCAUGGGAGACUGGCGUUGCGCUGCGGUUGUGAAGGAGGCCCGAAACCCGGACCGAGUCAGAGUAAUUUGCCAGGGACGAAGGCGAGGUCCAGCUCGUCAAGGAAGCGGCAGAGAAGAUCAGUGUUCCUGGAGUGCGGGUAUUGAGAGACCAGUUGUACCCGGUGAGGGUAGACAAUGCCAACCGGAACAGCGGUCCUCGAUGCGGACGGGAAACAUCCUGCCGGGAGCCGCAGAGGCGCUAGGGACAGAGAACGACGUCAACAUUGCGAAGAUUGCCUGGCUCAGCAGGAAGGAUACAAGCAAGGCCUACGGCUCGAUGGUUGUCUACGUGACGAAGGGCAGCGAAGCAAGGCGACUUCUAGACGGGCGUUACUUCCAUCUCGCCGGAGAAUCCGCUUACACGACCGUUUUCGCGCCCCGGGAAGGCCCAAUCCAGUGCUACAGAUGCCAGGAGAUCGGCCAUAAGGCCUUCGCCUGCAAAAAGCCGCAAAGAUGCGGAAGGUGUGCGGAACAGGGUCACCACCACAAGACGUGUCAGUCCGUGGUCCUGAAGUGCGUGCUAUGCAGAGGAUUCCACACGAGUCAUUUAGCAAGAACUGUCGGUGCUGGCCAUCUCCGAACCAUAUGCCAGGCUGAUCGAAGGCUCGGUGACGACGGUCCCAAUGAGUCAUCACAACUGGACGAAGCUUAUACCAACGACAAGACGAGAAACCACGUGGCCAAUUCGGAGCAUGCUAUGGGAGGUUUCGAAACGGAACAGGGACGAGAACGGAUAUCAUCCUGGCGGGCGAUUUUCAACCGCCACGACCAGCUUUGGGGAGGGGACGAUGUCUCACCACGGAGACAAGGCGAGGGAGACCGCAUCAUCAACCUCAUGGACGAACACUCCCUCUGCAGCCUCCUCCCAAGAGGCACGAAGACGUGGCAGUCAGGCGACAUUGAGAGCACAAUCGACCUGGUACUGGCCUCUGCAGAACUAGCAGACCAACUACUCAGAUGCACGAUUCACCCCUGCGACCAUGGCUCAGACCACAGAGCAAUCGAGACAGCUUUUGACACCACGGUGGAGGACCGUCCCAGUGAGACGAGGUUCCUCUUCAAGAACGCGCCCUGGGCGGAAAUUAGGACUAGGGUGGCAGCAAACCUCGAACGCAUCCCCUGGGACGGCAAUGUCCAGCAGCAGACGGACAGGCUCAUGGCAGCGGUAACCGAGGCGGUCUACGGCCUGACACCUAAAGCCAAACCCUCACCAUACGCCAAGCGGUGGUGGACAACGGACCUGACACGGCUUCGCCAGACAUACACGUUUUGGAGAAACCAGGCGAGAUCUCGACCAACGAAGUACCUGCAAACCGGCAGCGGCACGAUGGGCGAUAAGAUACCCCCGCUCGUCCGACCCGAUGGCUCCAUCACGGAGGGUAAAGCAGAACAAGCGCAGGAGUUACUCACCGCCUUCUUCCCACCUUUGCCAGCGAGAAUCGAAGACGAGGGCCAACGACCUCAACGGGCGCCGGUACACAUGCCAGACCUAACAAUGGAGGAGAUAGAACAAAAGGUCCUGUCCGCUAAGCCAUGGAAGGCGCCCGGGGAAGACGGUCUACCGGCAAUGGUAUGGAGACAGCUCUGGCCAGUGGUCAAAGACAGGGUGCUCCAUUUAUUCCGGACGUCGCUUCGAGACGGCGACAUCCCCAGCCAGUGGAAGAAUGCCAAGAUCAUCCCAUUGAAGAAGCCAGGGAAGAGCGAUUACACUCUAGCCAAGUCCUGGAGACCCAUCUCGCUGCUCUCCACGCUAGGUAAGAUACUAGAGGCAGUCAUUGCGGAGCGUUUAUCCCAUGCUGUGGAGACCUGCGGCCUUCUACCCGCCAACCACUUCGGAGCCAGGAAGAGACGCUCGACCGAACAGGCUCUCCUUCUGCUUCAGGAACACAUCUACAAAGCAUGGAGAGCUAGGAAAGUGCUCAGUCUGGUCAGCUUCGAUGUCAAGGGCGCAUACAAUGGGGUCUUCAAAGACAGGCUUCUCCAGAGGCUCAAGGCAAGAGGGAUACCUGAAUCCCUGGUCAAGUGGAUCGACGCCUUCUGCUCCAAGCGCACAGCGACCAUUGCCGUAAACGGGUUCACAUCUGGACGGCAAGAGCUGCCCCAAGCGGGUCUUCCGCAAGGAUCGCCGCUGUCUCCAGUGUUAUUCCUCUUCUUCAACGCCGACCUAGUGCAGCACAAGAUCGACGCGAACGGAGGCGCAAUUGCCUUCGUGGAACGACUACACUGCCUUGGGGCGCAGAAAAUCGGGGCCCUGGCCAUCACGGGAGCCUUUCGAACCGCGGCAACAGCCGUGGUGGAAGCUGAAGCGAGCAUCUACCCCGUACGAGAACGACACGCCCAGGCGGCAGCCAGUCUGUGGAUCAACAUCCACACGCUGCCCGGAACGCAUCCCCUUGCCAUGAAGAAAGUCCGGAACACCGUACGAUUCGUAUCUCCGCUGCAGAAAAUUGCCCGUGUGGCCGAAGGAGUACGAGUUGACCGGAUGGAGACAAUCCAGGAAUACGCCGUCCCGCCCUGGGUACCUCGCCUACGACCGACGCUCGAAGCCGAUCGAGGGAAGGCGGCCGAGAUGGUCAACAAAAUUUCGGGAAUCGUGAUCGCAACCAGCUCAUCCGUAAAGAAGGGCAUUGUUGGCAUGGGCGGCCUUGCACGGGAUACUCUCUUCAACAGAACUAGCGAGACUGUGACAAACUAUGCUGUUGUUCUUGGGACAAGGGAAGAGCAGAACCCAUAUACAGCAGAGCUAGCAGCCAUCGCAAUGGCCCUGGAGAAGUUACCGGCUAGCAUCUGCCACAGGCACAUCACCAUUGACUUCGCGCUGGGGUCAGAUGCCAAGGCAGCAGCCCAGAGAGCGUCGAAGCAAGGACGCACACCCGACUCCCAAAUACCCCAGGCCAAGUCUACCGCGAUGAGGCUGGCAAUGGAAAGACAACGGGCGACAAGAGUUCUACCUGUAAGCGUGGGCAAGUUCUCAAAGGCCAUGGACGCAGCACUACCAGGCAAGCACACGCGCCAUCUCUAUGACAAGCUGAAGCGAAGGGAGGCCUGCGUAUUGGCGCAGCUCCGAACCGGAAUGGCGAGACUAAACGGUUUUUUGAGCAGGAUUGGGGCGGUCGAGUCAGACCUUUGUGCCUGUGGACAAGCGAGGGAAUCAGUGGAACACUUUCUUUUCCGAUGCUUGAGAUGGACAGCUCUGAGGGAAGACAUGCUGCAAUGCACAGUGGCAAGACGAGGAAGCCUCUCGUUCUAUCUGGGAGGGAAAGCGCCAUCAGAUACAAGGCAUUGGUCACCAGAUAUGAAGGCAGUCCGGGCGACGAUCAAAUACGCAAUGGCAACAGGAAGGCUGGAGCUGAAUGAGGAGGAGAGUCUAGACCAGUCACAGUAG